CUUUUUCCCUCUUGCCAGCGUCAUUUCUUUUUUCCUUUCUCAAUUCCACAUCACACAGCAAUGUCGGGUGUCAAUGUGCCGAAGCUCCGGGUCAAGCCCAAGAAGAUCAAGGGUAUCUCGCCGUGCGCCGUCGAAAUGUCCUCGCUGGUGACCUGCUGGGCGUCCACGUCCAUUGAUGAUGCCCGGUGCGCCGAGGUAGCAAAGAACCUGAUCUCAUGCAUGCAAAAGGCGAAGGCGCCAGGGAAGGCUCGGUCGUCCGUCAACUUCCACCUGGCCCGCUUGGGCAAGCAGGUGCUGGGCAAAUAAUCUGAGACCAUGUCGUUUUCAAUGCAACAGCUACCACAAAAAUUGGACGUACAAUACAGCUCGAUUAAAUCAUGUACAUACCAGCCGUGUGUUCUGGAUUGUGUCUGUCUAUGCAUUGCACGCCAAAAGCACCUGAAGGCUAAGCAGUGGGCUGAGCAGACUACACCGUGUCUUU